AUGAGGUCCCGAAACCAAGGUGGAGAAAGCUCGUCUAACGGGCACUUCUCCAGUUCCAAGCCUGUCAUCAGCCACACAGAGAAUGAAAAACUUCAGGAGGAUGCCAAGAAAAAGAACAAACCUCAUCGGAAGGAAGAUGAGGUCAUGGUUUCAGCAACUGUCAAACGGCACUCAAAAUCACCCGGUCCUAGUGAGAGAAAGAACAAGAAGUCCAUAGAGCUUUCUAAAGAAGACUUGAUAAAACUACUCAGUAUAAUGGAAGGAGAGCUGCAGGCAAGGGAGGAUGUGAUCCACAUGCUGAAGACAGAGAAAACCAAACCUGAAGUUUUAGAAGCUCAUUAUGGGUCUGCAACUCCAGAGAACGUGCUUCGAGUGCUGCACAGGGAUGCCAUCCUUGCCCAAGAAAAGUCCGUAGGGGAAGACGUCUACGAGAAACCAAUUUCAGAGCUGGACAGACUUGAAGAAAAGCAGAAGGAGACGUACCGGCGCAUGCUGGAGCAGCUCCUGCUGGCAGAGAAGUGCCAUCGUCGCACCGUCUACGAGCUAGAGAAUGAGAAACAUAAACACACGGAUUACAUGAACAAGAGUGAUGACUUUACCAACCUCUUGGAACAGGAGCGGGAGAGCUGCUGUUUCUCUAACAUCAAGUUGUGCUUGGGUAUCUCUGACUCUGGGGAAUGCAGAACAGACAUCUUCCUGGAGCCUCCUGAGGAGGCUGAGGAAUAUGGAGAAGAGCUGAGGCCCCCAGGCCCCCUCAAAGACUUGGAUGAAAGAUGGUGGUGUAAGGAGUCUCUGGUCUGA